AUGAAGCCAAAUCACAAACAAUCCUGUGAAGAUCAAGUCCCGCCCUUUUCAAAACAACCACGAUUGUCUACCCAUAGCUCAGCUAUUGAAUAUCCUUUAUUGGAAAAGCAGUGUCACAUUAACAACUGGAAGAAAGCUGACCUGAUUGAGUAUUGGUGCAAGACCAUUCACUGGCCUGAAGAAUAUUUUGAAGCCCAGCCUGGACAGACUGAAGAUAUGAGCCACCUUCUCGCGAAAAAAAAUUCAUCAGCUUCCCUUCGUCACAUGAACUUGAUGUCAAGUCUUGAUAUAGGCUCCAACAUGAUCACUGAUCAAGAGUCAAGGGAUGAAAAGAAUGCCAAGUACAGAAGCGCUACUUAUGAAACCCUCCUCGCUACUAAAGGCAGCUUCAUGCGCAAGUCAGAGCUAGGAAUAACAGAUAAGAGCAAGCAGAUUUGUAAGGAUUUAGUGGAAAUCAAUCAACCUGUUCCCAAACACACACUAUUUCGAGAUAAUACAUUUGACAAGUUUUGUCAAAGGCUACAAGGAAAGAAUGAGUCAAGAGUUAUUCAAGAUAUAUCCAAUUUAAUUGUACCUUCGGCAGAAUCUCUCACUGUUAACGGGGCCAAGAAUCUUAAACACUUAGUUGAAAGCCCGGAUUAUGCGGCCGGGUUCGACCAUUCUGCGUUUACGGAAGACCAGCUGAAUAAAUUCGAGCCGUUCCUUGGCUACGACACAGAUACCUACAGCUCAUUCUUCCUGGCCACCUUCUACAUGUACUUCCCCUUCUUGACCAGUGAGGUGAAAGGCACUGCCGCACUUGACAUCGCUGAUCGGCAGAAAGCACACAGCAUGACCCUUGCUGUGAGGGGCGUCAUUGAGCUGUUUAAAACUUUGAGAAUCUACGGCCAUUAUGCAGUCAUUGAGGGAAGCAAGACUCUCUUCUACCGUCACCCUAUCAGAACAUUUGACUUUACGGAGCUGGACGGCAGAGAGAAGUGGACCGCUUACACAUUUACAAGAAAUGUUUAUGAGAAGUGGUCGCCGGAUCAUCUGAAAAGGAUCCGCUCAGCUAUUGAUGCGAUCCCUCCUGGAGUAAAUUUUGAUACUCCGUAG